CGUGUGUGUUGAUUUCACCUCAAUAGUGCGCCUGAGCUUGUGCUGUGUAUUAAUAGGCAUCUGCAUGUGAGUGGAGCCUUUCACUCGUGCAUACGGCGAGUCUCUUGAAGAUCUGUUCAUGUGGUAGGGUCAGAACAUCAUGGACGUGCUAGAUGUCCUUAAUCUGGGCGAAUUUGCCCAGUAUUUCUCGAAAAUGGCGAUGUUUCCAGUUUUUGAUCUCGCUUAUUAUAUCGUGUCAAUACUCUACCUCAAAUACGAACCAGGUGCUGUGGAAGUGUCCCGUAGAAGCCCAGUGGCCUCAUGGCUCUGUGCGAUGCUCUACUGCUUUGGGAGCUACAUACUAGCAGAUAUCAUGCUUGGUGUGUCUCCCAUCGACUAUUUCCACAACAACAGUCACAUCCUCCUGGCCUCAGCUGUGUGGUAUUUGAUUUUCUUCUGCCCUCUUAACCUGUUUUACAAAUGUGUGGCAUUUCUGCCUGUGAAACUCGUGCUAGUGGCCUUGAAAGAAGUGGUCCGGACCCGUAAGAUCGCUGCUGGAGUCCAUCAUGCUCAUCAUGCGUAUCACCAUGGCUGGCUGAUCAUGGUCAUUACUGGUUAUGUCAAGGGGUCUGGGGUCGCUCUAAUGUCCAAUUUCGAGCAGCUGUUGCGAGGAGUCUGGAAGCCAGAGACCAAUGAAGUUCUCAACAUGUCAUUCCCUACCAAGGCCAGUCUGUAUGGAGCCAUUCUGUUCACACUUCAGGAGGCUCACUUGCUCCCUGUGUCAAAGAGCACGCUCAUCUGUCUCUUCACACUCUUCAUGGCCACAUCCAAGGUGUUUAUGACGGCCCAACACUCUCACGGAUCGCCGUUUGCCCUCAUUGAGUCCUGGGUGUGCCACUUGCUAUUCGGCUCCCCCCUUGGUAUUGAAGAUGCCCAUGAUCACCAUCACUCCGCACCAGCCGCUGCUGCUGCUCCGCUGUCUCCCGCCAAAACCAAGGAGGAACUGAGUGAAGGAACCCGCAAGAGGAAGUCGAAGAAAGCCGAGUAGAGUUACAACACAAAAUCAUCAACCCAACCUGUGAUAUGACAGAGCUGCCCGGCUCUGCUUGAGAAAGGAGGGAAUAUGAUGUUAAACCAAUGCAAGUUUCUCUUUCAAUGGUGCUUUUAAUGACAGACAUGCCACAUAGGGACUCUGUAAAUAGCUUCCCCCUCUUUGCCAACAUCCUUGUCUUUAUUUAUUUUUCGUAAUGUUUUCCAUCAUUGAAGUCCCAUUUACACUAUGCAUCUGAUGAUGUGCAGUAUGUCAAGAACAGAUGAAUGAAUGAAAGGCAGUGAGAUGAGUUGUUUGAGUUCAGACUUCACUGAAGGGUCUGUCCAAAUAACUUGAUGAGACUCGUAGUCCACCGUUGGUUGACCCCAUUUCCACAGCACACUGCUGCUUUUUACAUCUAGUGGCACUGAAAAAAAUAUAUUUUAUCAAGAAAUAAAUUAAAAUAAAUUGUUUUUCAGCCAAAAGCA